AUGCAACUUGGAUAUCAACUUUUCAUCAACUCUUCCAGCGUCAGUCGAUCCUCCGCCUCCCCUCCUCGUGUUUCCCCCCCCGCCUCGCCAGUCCCCCCGGUCUCCCACAUUUUCACCGGAGAUGACUGCCUUCCUCACGCCUCUCCGGAGCCCGUCUCUCUCGCCCUCCCCACCUCUCCCUCCUCUUCGGUCUCUCCCUCCGCCUCUUCCUCCUCGCCAAUCGCCCUCCCCGCCUUUCCCUCCUCGCUGGUUGCCCUCUAUGGUUCUUCUUGA